AUGAGACUCCAUCUUAUCAGUGUGGGCCUGGUCUAUGGCGCAAUCCCGCUCGCCAGGGUGCUGGGACAGACGUCUCCUGUCGCGAAUAUAAACCUCCUCAAUACCUUGUCCAAUGCGGCAGAAGAGCACGAGUCCAAGGUGCUUUCUAAUCUUGUGUCGGACCUUCAGCAGGCCAGGUCUAUUCCCACACCAAGCACUCCAGAGGAAGCGUUGUCCGCCCUCCAACAUAGCUCUGGCUUGUUAAAAGCGUUUUCCAGCGUUGUGGACAUCGCCCAGGGUAUCACUGCAGCUGGCCUGGUCCCCCCGGAGAUUCUGUCUUUUUUGAACGGAUACACUGACAGCAAGCUGAACUCGCUCGACAACCGGCACCCGGCUCCCAAAGACGCGAUAUACCCCAAGAGCAAGAGAGAUGCACCAUACUCGCUGUCCGAAGGAACACUCCGAUCAGCCAUUCACAUCCCCAAGACUUUCGGCUAUGGCCGCAACGGAAAGACCCCGGUCAUUCUGAUUCCCGGCACGGCCAUUCCAUCCGGAACCACCUGGUACUAUACCUUUAGCAAGCUCGGCAACAGCACCGAUGCUGACGUGGUAUGGGUGAACCUGCCACGAGCCUCACUCAACGAUGCGCAAGUCAACGCCGAGUACGUCGCAUAUGCGAUCAACUACAUCUCAUCGGUAUGCAGUAAACCAACUGCCAUAAUCUCCUGGUCCCAGGGUGGCCUGAACACGCAAUGGGCCCUUAAAUACUGGCCCUCGACGCGGCCAGCCCUCCAAGACUUUAUCGCCAUGAGCCCCGACUUCCACGGCACCGUUGUUGAAGCAGUAAUCUGUCCAGCUCUCAGCUACAUCGCCUGCACACCCUCCAUCCUCCAACAAGCCUGGACCUCCCAAUUCAUCCAGACCCUCCGUUCCUCCUCCGGCGACUCAGCAUACGUACCAACAACAAUAAUCUACUCCUCCUUCGACGAAAUCGUCGAACCCAUGUCCGGCCCCAACGCAUCCGCCCUCCUAACGGACACGCGUAACGUCGGCGUCAUCCUCGCGCAUCUGCAAAGCAUCUGCCCCGGCCAGCCCGCAGGGGGGUUUUAUACGCACGAGGGCGUCCUGUACAACCCCCUUGCAUGGGCACUCGCGAUUGAUGCAAUCACGCAUCCUGGACCCGGAAGCCUGACUCGGCUGGAUCUGAAGCAGGUGUGUGGAAUGACGAUGGCGCCCGAGCUGGACCUGACCGAUCUGCUUGGUACCGAGGGUCUGUUGCUGAUUGCGGCGGCGGAGUUGGGGACUUACGAGCCCCAGGCCGCGCGCGAGCCGUGCAUUGUUGGCUACGCGUCGAAUGGGGGCGGGGCUUAG